UUGGUUGUUUUGGUUUUUUGAAAGGUGAAAGACAUUUUACAAAGUGGUAUUUUGUUAAAUUUAUUAUUAGAUAUGAAAUGAGCGAGUUUAUUGUUAUUCAAGUGGGGCAAUGUGGGAAUCAAAUAGGCAGUGCCCUUUGGCCAUUAAUUUUGCAGGAAUACAAUUUGGGCUCAGAUAAUACUAAUAAAGGAAAUAAUGAAGUGCAGAAAUCUUUGUCUAGCUUUUUUAACAUAAAAUCACAGAAAUCUCAACACAGUUAUCAAUCGUUAGGCGAUUUAUAUGAAAACAAUGUUAAAGCAAGAGUAAUAUGUAUUGACAUGGAAGAAAGUGUUGUAAAUCGGUUUAGAUUGGGGACAUUAAAGAAUAUAUUCGACAAGAAAAGCUUUAUAACAAACUAUCCUGGCAGUGGUAAUAAUUGGGCUGAAGGAUUUUGGGAGCAUGGAGCUAAAUUCAAGAAUAAAAUAUUAAAUGUUAUUCAGUAUGUCGUUGAACAAUGUGACAGUUUGCAUGGAUUUUUAGUGUUGUUUUCUACUGGAGGAGGAACUGGAUCUGGAUUGGGAAGCUAUAUUUUGAAUCUCUUGGCUGAUUAUUAUCCAAAAGUAGAAAGGUUUGUUUCAUGUGUAUACCCAACUGGAACUGAAGAUGUUAUAACUUGUCCUUACAAUAUGUGUUUUGCCACUCAAGAAAUGAUUUCACAUGCCACUUGUGUGUUUCCCGUGGAAAAUAGGGCACUACUUGAUAUACAAGCAAGACAAGGCAUUAAUAUUAACUUUGACAGUAAUAUAUCCAUGUUUAGGCCUUUUGAAGACUUGAAUAGCAUUAUUGUAAAUAUGCUCUUGCAUUUGACAAGCGGUUCUCGAUUUCCAGGAAGCUUAAAUUUCGAUAUGAAUGAGUUAAAUACAAAUAUGGUGCCAUUUCCAAAACUAAAGUUCCUAUCUACAGGUUUUAGUCCCAUUACUUAUAGCUCAAGGGGGUCAAGACAAUCCUGUAAACAACCAAAGACUGAAAACUUUUUAAGUGCUUGUAGUAAAAAUAACCAAUUAAUAAAACUAGAUCCUCUAGGUCCAAAAUCGGUUUUAUUGGGUACCACUUUAAUAGGAAGAGGUGAUUAUACAAUAACUGAUAUGAGGCAGUAUGUUGAUAAAAUACAAAGUAAAGCUAAAUUUACUAACUGGUCUAAAAAAGCUGUAAAAGUUGGAUUAUGCAGUGUACCACCUUACAAAACUGACAUAUCAAUGUUUUCUGUAUUCAAUACUUCAGCUAUGUCUACGUUUUUUGAGUACAUCCAUAAGCAGUUUAGUGUGUUAUACAACAAAAAAGCACAUAUACACCACUACAUGAAUAUCCAGGGUUUUCCUUUGGAUUCUUUUGAUGAAUGUCAGAGUACAUUAAUGGAUAUAAUUGAAUUAUACAGAGAAAUGGAAGAUGCCAAACCUGUAAAUAUUCCUAGAUUGCCAUCAUUAAAACAAGAUUUUAAUUAAAGCAUUUUAUUUUUCUAUACAAAACAAUCACAGUUAUAUUAAAAAAAGAACAAACUUUAAACAUAUAAAAUACUUAACUGAGAAUAUAAUUUAUGCUGUAUUGUGUUACAUAAUUGCCAGUUUCUUGAUUUUUAUACUUAUAUUUAAAGUGAUUAAAGUUUAUUUUACAACUCUAAAAAGCUGUGUAUUUAUACAAAAUAAAGCAUAUACAUUUUAUUUAUGAAAUCUUAAUUACCCACCAAAUGGACAUUUGACUUUUAUGUUAGUGGUGUGACUGGGAUGGUAUUUGAGGCAAGCCAAACUCAUCUACUUCAACUCCAUCCUAAAAAAUCAUAUACAAUUAAUUUGUGG